GAAUCGGCCAUUCCUAGGCGAUCGUGUCCGGAGUGUAUACCUUGUGCACGGCCGUCCUCGUCAAGUAGCCAAAUGUUCGCGACAGACGGGUCUUCGGCAACAAUUCGCGGCGAUUAACGAGAAGCGGAGGGAAGUUGAAUAACUCGGUGACGCGUCAUCGGACAUCGGAACCCGAAAAGAAGAAAACAAACGUGAGACUCGCGCAAAUGGUGCGACUGCCGUGUAACACCAGGUUGUCGAGAUCUUGCGAGAAGGUCUCCUAGAAGGGGAGGAGAGCGCCUUUCCGUGCCCUCGAGAGCAGCCCUCACCGGACUCCAGAAUGGCGGAGAAUCAGGCCAACUCGUCGGGACAGGCUGGCCAAGGUUCCGGCAGAUCCUUUAACUUUCCACGAUUAGAUUUUCGAACAAACAACGACGUCCAGAAUGAGAUGUCGGGUACGUGCGAAGCCGAGGCGAGAGAAAGGCGAAGACAGCUGAAACUUAGUUUCCAAACGCAGGGCAAUAAUAUAUUUGCCAAUUCCACAAAUUCCUCAUUGUUGAAUUCAACAGGAGCCACAGCCACGUGUCCACCAAUAUCCUCUCGCCCGAGUCUGCCUUUAUCUUUACCUAAGCUGCCAGUUCGACCUCGCAAUAUAAUACAGCAGCAAGAGUUUCUUCCUGAUAAGGCAAGAGACAAACUGCGAAUGUGCCAGUCUAUGCAAACUACUGGUAAAUUACAAUUGUGUCCAGACAUGGUUUAUGAUUUUACAAGCGAGGAUCUUCAGGAUCUUGGAGAAAUAGGACGAGGAGGAUUUGGAACUGUAAAUAAGAUGAUUCAUAGGAUAAGCAAUACCGUUAUGGCUGUGAAGAGAAUUCGCUCUACUGUGGACGAAAGAGAACAAAAACAACUUUUAAUGGACUUGGAAGUUGUGAUGAAGUCAAACGAGUGUCCAUGCAUCGUGCAAUUUUAUGGAGCAUUAUUUAAAGAGGGAGAUUGUUGGAUUUGCAUGGAACUCAUGGACACGUCGUUAGAUAAAUUUUACAAGUUCAUUUACGAGAGAUUAAACGAGAGGAUACCAGAAUGUAUUCUAGGCAAAAUUACAGUGGCUACUGUAAAAGCACUGAAUUACCUCAAGGAGAAGCUAAGAAUAAUUCACAGGGAUGUGAAACCUAGUAAUAUUUUAUUGGAUCGGCGAGGUAAUAUAAAAUUGUGCGACUUUGGUAUAUCCGGUCAGCUUGUGGACUCUAUCGCGAGGACCCGGGACGCUGGUUGUAGACCGUAUAUGGCUCCGGAAAGGAUAGACCCGCAACGCGCGCGUGGUUACGACGUGCGGAGCGACGUAUGGUCCUUAGGUAUCACGCUGAUGGAAGUUGCCACGGGAUACUUUCCAUAUCCGAAGUGGAACUCUGUCUUUGAACAGUUGUAUCAAGUGGUGCAAGGUGAUCCACCGCGACUUUCUCCCAAUGAAAACGGAAACCACUUCACUAUGGAUUUCGUAAAUUUUGUGAAUACAUGCUUAAUUAAGGAAGAGACGCAGCGACCCAAGUACAAUAAAUUGCUGGAACAUCCGUUCAUCAGACGAGCGGAGGAAGCAAAGAUCGACGUUGCGGCGUACAUCAGUGGAGUUUUGGACAAUAUGGCUAAUAACGGAGUGACGCCGUUUACUACGAAUCAGCCGUAAGAAUUGACAAUUUAAGCGGCAGAGCGACGACAACAGAGUGUCAUCACAUCAUCGUAGUACCGCGGUUUUCGUCUUCAGACUAUCAUUCUUUGAUUAUGAACGAUAUUGACGCGCGUUCCGACGUUCCAACGUAGCGAAACCGAUCUUAGUUUUCGUCGUCGUAUGUCGUCGUCUCGCUCUUAGAAUUGUAUUCUUGUGAAUGUGAAACAGCCAUGCGAUAGAAGUGUCUAUUGAAGCAAACGAACUUCGUUAAAUAUUGAACGAUGGCGCGUACAUUGUCUUUUUCUCCUGUUCCGUCAUCUUCAUCUCCUUUUAUCUUUCUCUCUUUCUCUCAUUCAAUACAACUUUAAAUACAUGUCACACGUUCCGAAAAAGAUCUUUCUUGGGAAAGUCUUGUAAUUCUCGGUAUCGGUAACGACGCGACUUACCUGAAUGAUGAAUUUUCAGCAGAUCAUACGUAUGCGUAUGUAUGUGUACAUACCUAUAUGUACGCAUAAUUAUAUCUUGCCUUGUAUAAUUAUUGAUUUCCACAAUUUUUUUAAGUGUUACAGGAGCGAAUGAUGCUAGGCAACUUUGCCUAGCAUAUGUAAUAUGCGGGAUACACCGAGCUUUUGGCUGUUUUUGAUGAUUUUUCUUAGGCAGAUUUAAAUACGAGUAUCUCAAAUGUUAGGAAUGCUGUAAUGUAAUGGAAAUAAAUCAUUGACACUCGCAGCGCGAAA